AUGGCCGGAAGGCAUGGAUCCCCCAGCCGGGUCCGUCCCUUCCUCCUGCUCGCCCUGGUCUUUGGUGGCCCAGUCCAGGCCUCCAAGAUUGUGGGUGGGUGCAAGGCUCAGUCCCAUUCUCGGCCUUAUGUGGCAUCCCUGCAGCUGAGCAGGUACCCUGGGAGGCAUUUCUGUGGCGGCACGUUGAUGGUGCUGACGGCUGCCCACUGCCUGCAAGACAUCCCCUGGCAGCUGGUGACGGUGGUGCUGGGUGCCCACAACCUGCAAAGCCAGGAGCCUAAGCAGCAGAAAUUCACCAUCAGUCAGAUCUUCCAGAACAACCACAACCCUGAGGAGAGUCUCAAUGACGCGCUGCUCGUUCAGCCGAACCGGCCAGCCUCCCUGGGCGAGAAGGUGGCGGUGGCCUCUCUGCCCCAGCAGGACACGCUGUCCCGGGGCGCCCAGUGCCUGGCCCUCGGCUGGGGCCGCCUGGGCACCCGUGCGCCCACGCCACGCGUGCUGCAGGAGCUGAACGUCACGGUGGUCACCUUCCUGUGCCGGGAACUCAACGUGUGCACGCUGGUGCCACGGCGGGCGCGGGCGGCAUUUGCUUCGCGAACUCGGGCGGCCCUGAUCUGCGAUGGCGUUCUUCAUGGAGUAGACGCCUUCGCGAUCAGGGAAUGCGCCUCCCUCCAGUUUCCGACUUCCUCUCCCGGGUGUCCGUGUAUGUGGAUUCACACGGUGCCGCGGGGCGCAGAGCCCUGAGCUGCCUUCUGCGCCCCAGAAGUCUAGCCUGGGGCGACUGCAAGCUCUAUCAGGAAAAUCUGGAGUGGGGUGGCCCUUUCCAGGUUUUUCCUCCAGCUAGACCACCCACGCACCCGCUGGAGUGGCGACAGCUCCGCCCCCUACUCCACGUGACCUUAAUAAAUCU